CUCUCAUUCGCCUGGCACAGCCUUGCGGCGAGGGUUGAAGGCGCCGCCGCCGCCAAGGGCCACGCGAGCAGGGUGGAACCGGGAUAGCUGCAGGGAACGGAGGGAAAGGGAAAACAAGCCGACGCACAGGCAUCCAAGCUCGAAAGAUCUGGGGCCAGAUUCCCUCCCCACCACAACUGUUUCACUGCUUCGCUUUCCAGUAUUUCCCACGUAGCCAACAUGGAUCCUGCUAUGAGGAGGAACACGGCGGAGGACGGAGAGCAGCAGCAGCAGCAGGAGGAGGAGAAGGAGAAGGAGGAGGAAGAAGUGGAUCCCAGGAUUCAGGGGGAGCUAGAAAAGUUGAAUCAAUCCACAGAUGCUAUUAAUCGGAGAGAAACCGAGCUUGAGGAUGCCCGUCAGAAAUUCCGUUCUGUUCUUGUUGAAGCUACGCUAAAACUAGAUGAACUAGUGAAGAAGAUUGGAAAAGCAGUAGAAGACUCAAAACCUUAUUGGGAAGCACGGAGAGUUGCCAGGCAGGCACAGCUGGAAGCUCAGAAGGCCACACAGGAUUUCCAGAGAGCUACUGAAGUACUACGGGCUGCUAAGGAGACCAUUUCCCUUGCAGAACAGAGACUGCUAGAAGAUGACAAGCGCCAGUUUGAUUCUGCCUGGCAAGAGAUGCUCAACCAUGCUACUCAAAGGGUCAUGGAGGCAGAGCAGACAAAAACCAGAAGUGAACUGUUGCACAAGGAGACAGCAGCUAAAUACAAUGCUGCCAUGGGCAGAAUGAAACAGUUGGAGAAGAAAUUGAAAAGGGCCAUAAAUAAAUCCAAGCCUUACUUUGAACUCAAGGCAAAAUAUUACGUACAAUUAGAGCAAUUGAAAAAGACUGUGGAUGAACUGCAGGCAAAGCUGUCUUUAGCGAAGGGUGAAUACAAAAUGGCUUUGAAGAACUUGGAGAUGAUCUCAGAUGAAAUUCAUGAGAGGAGACGAGCCUCUUCCAUGGGGCCCAGAGGAUGUGGUGUGGGUGCUGAAGGCAGCAGCACUUCAGCAGAAGACCUUUCAGUGUGCAGAUCAGAGUCAGAUAAUAUAUCCAUGGCUUCUGAAGUCUUUGAGGAUGACAACUGCAGCAGCUUUGUUUCCGAGGAAGAAUCUGAAACCCAGUCUGUAUCUAGCUUCAGUUCUGGUCCAACAAGCCCUUUGGAUAUGCCAACUCAGUUUCUUCCUGUGGCAAGACCUAGAAGCCUGGAUCUGUCCAGCCCUAUUUCAUUGUCUGAAUUUGGUAUAUUUCCCCUGCUAGGACCUCGUAGUGAAUGCAGUGGGGCUUCCUCUCCUGAAUGUGAAAUUGAAAGAGGUGACAGAGCAGAAGGAGCAGAGAACAAGAUGCUCGAUAAAGUAAACAAGAACAGGAACAGCAGUAAUUCCUCUUCUAGUGGCCCAACACUGGACAACAAGAUGAAGCGGCUCUCCUUACAAUGCUUGAAGGUCAAAGAUGGGAUUUGUGCAGACAGAAAAACAGUACAGAUUGGCUGAUGUCAUCAUGUCAAGCCCAAGGCUAAUGAGGAAUCUAAAUUAUUUAUACGCAAACAACUUCUGAACAUCAGAAGAACCUUGUGCCAAUAACCUAAUGUAUGCCAAAUUUUCAACGUUUACUCUUUAAAACUGCACUGAAAGUUACAUCAGUGUUGAUGGCCGAAGUGUGCACGUGUGGUUUUCAGAUACAAGCGAGAUCUUCGUCAUGAUAGAAGUAACAAACAUCAGCUCCCCUUGUACUUCACAGCCCUUGUAGGACAUUAUAUAACGGUUUGGCAGAAGCAAUAAUCCCGUCUAUGGAGUUCUGUGCACUUGGGUACUGAAGGCCCAGCCAUACGUUUUGAAGGCGCACCUGGCAUCCAUUUUGUGAACUGAGCUGUGACUUAGACAUAGAAUUCCAAGGUGCUGAUGGUAUCCCCUUUUAAAAACCAUGUACUUUAAAUGUAUGUAUUAUAUUUUGGAUUAUAAAAGGAAGCUGUUGCAUGUCAUGGAGCCUAGAAACUUUGUCUUAUUGUAGAGCUCGUUAGUGAUGAAAACGUAUACCUCAAGGGUAAUACAAUUGUGUUAAUAUUGAUACAAAGAUGUCUAGCUUCCUAUGGUUUGGGAUUUGGGGGAGGGUGAAUUUCAGUUAUCUAGUGACAAAAAUCUAAUGCCCAUUAGAAUCUUAUUUAUGACAAUUUAAGUACCUCAAACUAAUUUGACUGUAUCAUUGAUAUGAAUCAAUAGGCAAGGAUAGGAAAAUUAUUAUUUUUACACCUUGGCUUACCAAGAAGAAAGAGGGAGGUGUUGCAUGAGCAGAUGACAUAAUGGUUAAGGCUGAAGGGGUGAAUAAUUUCUAAUAUCUCCAUAGGUUGUCAUGUGUAGCAUUUUUAUAAUAAUUAAAGGGACUUGUAGACUUAGCAUCCCUUGAAUGAAGAACUGACUGGAAAGGGAGUUGAAGCAUGCUUCAGUAACAGCUGUUAGACAGUAGAGAUGUCUGGUAGAAAUAGUUAAAAUCAUAGGAUUUUUGUUUUCCUAGUUAGCAUUUAUAAAAUAUGCAUAUGCCAUCUCUAAUAAACAUAUUUAUUUAUUUGGGGUCUUUAGCAAUGCCCCAUCUUCCCAAAUUUUCUAUUCCUUGGCUUAGUUUUCUUGUAUUUUGUCCUUACUAGGUAGCUUGCAUAUCUCUUCCAAAAGCAAAUGUAAAAAAUCCUUCACACACUAAAGUCUCCUUUACCCUUUUACAAUUUUGUUUUCAUGUGCAGUAUGGUUAUAUUGAAAGUGUUUAAAAUGCUUUUAGAAAAUUCCUUUACCAAUAUGUUCUCCCAAAUAUACAUAAACCUUCCAUUUGUGCAUUUGGCUGCAUUUCAACUGACAAAAUGGACUUUGCGAGUGCCAAAUGGAAUGGUAAUUAAUAAAAUGCAAACUGGA